AUGAAUCUUAGAACUCGUGUUAUUAACCUAACUGAAAUGGAAGUAGAAUCCACUCCUAAACAAAAACUAACUAAAAGGACGCGAAAUCCUUCCAGAAUUGAUAAUCUUGCACCAUAUAAUAUAGCUGAUGAUAUUCUAUCGAAACAAUCUUCUGCAACUUUAGGACAAUGGUUACAAAUACUAGCCCAAAGAAGGAAUUUAGCAAACGCCUUAAGACGUCAUCUUAUAUCAACACCUAGU